UUUUGUGAUUUUGUCAUUAAUGUCUUGUUUUACGUCAAAUAUGGAGGAGGAUCGUCUUUUUGAUGAGCGUGUUUCUAUUAGAGAAUCUGCCCGACCAUUAAAAAAAUAUGGGAGUACUUGCAACCAUAUAAAAAGGAACGAAGAGUACAUUAAACAUGUAAUGUCCAAGGGAGAUACUUUGCAAGGAAUAGCUCUAAAAUAUGGUGUUACAAUGGAGAAGAUUAGACGAGUGAAUCGCCUGUUUGCAACGGACAGUUUAUUUUUGAGAGAAUAUUUGUUAAUACCUGUAACCAAGGAGUCUCCUUAUUACGAGAACGGAGAACGAGUGACGGAGAUAGCGCUGCCGAGCCAUCGCGCGUCGAUAGCUGGUAUGCCAACCAGGGACUUCUCUCCUGGAAGUCCUGACGAGAAGGAGUCCUUUGAUAAUUUCCUCAAUAGGCUGGACUCAUCAAUUGCGAAUAUCAAAAAGCACGUAGAGAAAAGCAAGGAGACCAGCGAAUUUGUAAAGGACCUCGAUGAUGGCUACGUUCGUCACAGGCCGACGGCUAGGUUACGUCAGUCGGCGUCCAUGGGGGCUUCGACUUCCUAUAACGAGGUGAUCCCGCCUCCCCUGCCACCACCAUUAACCCAGGGCAGGCGUGUAGACAACUCGCUGAGGAGGCUAGAACGUGCCCACGACGACCUGUUCCAAUUGUAGCGGUCAAGACAGCGCAGAUAUGCGCGCCUGGAAUGACGAAAUCUGCUGUGAUCUCACAGUAUACCGUUGAUAGUGAAAUUUUAUGUAAAAAAUAUGAUCGUAUGUUAUUCUUGGUACAGCAGUUCUUGGGUCAAAUAUAUAAAUAACAGUCAGGAACUGCGAGUUAUGAUCUGGUCUCAAAUACAUUUUUGGACUUUGGACCAUUCGUGGAAAACUCCAAAGAUCUUAAAAUCAAUUCAGCUAGGGUGGUAUGGUAUUCCAAAUUGCAUAAAAUCAAUUAGCAAAAUUGACACACCUACUUAUAUACUUGCUCGGUAGCGAAUAUCGGACUACCCGCCCUAACUGGAAUGUAAUUCUUAAUAAUAUUAUUGUUGUAAACUAUUUACCUUAUGGUAAACAUUGAUUGUAUAAAGCUAUAUCAGUAGGCAGUGUACGUCAGUUGUAUAAGUUGUUUAAUUGUUAGUGUAACAUAAUAACCUCGUAACUUUUAUACAAUGUAAUCUAUGUACAGUUUUUAUCUAUUAUGUGUCAUAGAGAGUGGAAGGGUUGAAAAGUGGAUGAUGACGUCACUGUAUGUAGUGGUUAUAAGGACGAUGACGUCACAAUCGUAUGUAAGUCACAAAAAUUUCCUCUCCAAUGAUAUAUUCAAGGUAUGGAAUUGGUACUGUUGGAUAUUCAGAUAAAUUUUAAGAAUUUACUGCAAAAAAAGGAAAAAUAUGUUCGAGUUUUUGAGUUAUACUGAUACAAACCAACAGACAUUUCUAUAUACAAGUGAUAAUUUUAUAUUUAUAUGUGAAAUGCAAUAAUAAUUGUAUGUAUAUACAUUUCCUCUUAAACAUAUUGUAAAAUUUGCUAUAGCUUGCCAUAGCUAUGUACAACAGUGUAGAUCAAUGUUUAGUGGUUAUCAAACAAAUUUACAUUACAUUAAUAAAAACUGAGAUCCCUGGUCGUUUUGUUAACAUUGAUAAUGAUUUUAUAUUCUGUGUUAUAAUUUAAGUUUUUUUAUCUAUAUUCAACACGAAGGAGUUUUUAAUGGGAGUUAGGAUGCAUAUUAUAUUUUUAUUUUUUUAAUCAGAUAUUUAGUUUCAAUGUAAACAAUAAUAUAAUUAUUGGACAUUAUAAUACAUACUAACUUCACGUCACUGUUUUGCUUGUAAUUAAAAUUAAUGCUUAGAUUCAUAUCAAUGUGUAACAAAUUUUAUGCCACUAAAUAUGACUUAGAUUCGGAGAAAAGUUUGAACGAAAAGUACAUUAAAAAGAGAUAUUACAUGCACUUUACAUAGUGAAACUGAACUCAGAUUAUAUUUAUAUAUACGUAUAAAGAAAACGGCAAACUGUCUGUUACUAGUUAAAUGAUGGAAACUAAUAUUACAGGAUACGGGACAGUUAUUCUAACAAUGUUGGGCUAUCAUUAAUAACAAAAAAAUAUAUAUGUCGUGGUUUUGAAGGUUUUGUUGCUGACCACAAAAUUUAUAUGCAAAUGACUUUAUGAAUAUGAAAUUUUUUAACCAACUAUAGGUAUGUAAUAAAUAAUCUUCAUGAAUAUCUUCCUAUUUAUUAUGAUACCAAGCUUUUUGAUUUGUUUUAGAUAAAAAAAAAAAUAUAUAUUUAUUUGACUGUUAAACAUUUACAAGAUAAUGUUAUAAAGAAAAAAAAAAUAGAUUUCGUUGUAACUCGCAUAUAAAAAUAUGAAUGUUUUGAUGUACAGUUAUGAUAUGUAUAGCGGAGUAUGUGAUUAAGAUAUAUAUCAUGUUAUGUAACAAAUGUAACUGCUAUGUGAAUAAGGAGCCUUAUAUAUUAAUGUUUCGGCACUAAAUAGUUAAGUUAUACUGAAUGUUGAGCUUGUUAGUUAAUGAGAUUUUGUAAUUAUGUCAAUGAGGAUUUAAUUUGAAAUCAUGCUUAUUUAUACAUAAAAAUAAAACGCUAUAAUAUA